AUGGCACAGAACAAAUCAACCUUGCUCAGACAACUCAAGGCAGUCGCUGACCAGAAACAGAAUGACAUCUUUGCCACAUGGCAUGAAGCCAAUGGAACCAUUGGUCAGGAAUACACCUUUGGAAGGCUCUGGGAAGAAGCCGGAGCAAUUGCCUACAACCUUCACCACAAAUGGGGAGUUAAGAAAGGAGAAAAGGUGGUUUUGUGCUAUAACUUUGGAUUGCACUUUUUUGCUGCUUUCCUUGGUUGUUUGAGGGCUGGGGUUGUGGCCAUUCUGGUUUAUCCUCCAUUCCCACCUCUUACCAAGACACUCACAAAGAUGGAGAAAGUCAUCAAAGACUGCCAGCCUGUGUUGAUCUUGACGGACAUAACAAUAAUGGCAUUGAAGAAAUUGGAUGAGCUAAAACCUUUCUCAAAGAGCAAGGGAAUGUGGCCCAAGGGCAUCCCAUUCAAGGUUACCAAUGGUAUCAACUUUCUCACAAAAGAUGGAAAAUUUGACGAGGAAGACAUUCUUGAGUCUGAUAUUGCCUUCUACCAAUACACAUCUGGAAGCACUGGUGAUCCAAAAGGAGUCAUGGUGACAUCGAAAGCCUUACAAUCAAAUUUGAAGCUCCUCCAGGAUGCCAUCUACGAUGACUUUGCCAGAGAUGGACUUGGGGCUGAUGAUAUUGUUGGCUUCUCUUGGUUGCCACAGUACCAUGACUUUGGGUUGAUCUUUGCCUCCAUUGUUCCUUUUGCUGCUGGGUGGAGAAUGCACAUGAUGUCUCCCUUAACCUUCAUCAAGAAACCAUUGCUUUGGCUGGAACUCAUGUCAAAGAAUAAAGUUACAUUGGGGGUUUCCCCUGACUUUGCCUAUCACUUGGUUGCCAGAAAGUUCAAGGAGGAGAGAUCAAAGAAUGGUGGAAAAAGUCCUAUUGCCAAUUUUGAUCUUUCAUCAAUCCACGCAUUGCAGAAUGGUGCCGAACCUAUUCGACUGGACACCAGAGAUACAUUCACAGAGACCUUCGCUGAGUUUGGUCUCCGACAAGAUUGGUUUCACACUGGGUAUGGUAUGGCAGAAACUGUGGUAGGUGCAACAUACUUGCCACAAUACAAACUCUCGAGGCCUCAGGGUGAGGAUACAAGGAGAUUCUUGGCAGUAGGGUCUACAGAGACAUUUCAUGACACCCUUACUGUGAAAAUUGUUGACCCUGUCAGUCUAACUGAGGUUCCAGAUGACCAAACAGGGGAGAUUUGGAUUGCUGGUCCUUCCAUUGCUGCUGGAUACCAUGGAAAGCCAGAACUGUCCAGAGAGGUCUUCCAAGCCAAGCUGCUCCCUCCAGAAGAUUCUGACAGUGAUCAGAUUGAUAGCGCCACCACCUUCCUUCGAACAGGAGAUCUUGGUUUUAUGCAAGAUGGGUACUUGUAUGUUUGUGGCAGGAUCAAAGACCUGCUCAUUAUCAAUGGGGCCAACUACUAUCCCCAAGAUAUUGAGCUGGCUGUUCAAUAUUGCAAUGGUGUCAGGCCAGGGUGUGUGGCAGCCUUCUCUUCUGAUGACUCUGGUGAAGGUGAUGGCCAGCUUGAAGUUGUCUUCGAGAUUAGGAAUGCAAACAAGAUGACUGCACAGGCUGUUUGUGAGGCAAUCAAAUCUGUGGUCAUUCAGGACAUUGGUAUUGUUCCUUCCAAGAUUGUGGCAUUGGAAGAAAGAAGCAUAGCCAAGACAACCAGUGGCAAGAUACAGAGAAGGAGAAACAGAGACCUGCUCCAUGCAAAUCAACACAAAGCUGUGUUUGUUCUGGAUCAGUCAUCUAAGUUGGCAGGCGAGGGUAAUGGACACCAGGAAAUUAGCCACAAUCUCCCUCCUUCAGAGAAGUUUGAUGCUAUCAUGACUUCACUCCUGGGAUCUGACUAUGAUCCAGAUGCUGGAUGGGAUGAAAAUGGCCUCACUUCCCUCAUUUUGAUUGAGCUCAACAACAAGCUAGCUGAAUCCUUUCCAGCCACCCUCCCCAGUGACUUUCCUGACCAAUAUCCAACCCCGGUUGCACUCAAAGAGUACAUCCUCAGCCCAAAUCAUGGAUCAUUCUUCCCCAUUGAAGUAUCAAGCUUUGACACCUCAGCUACAAGACUUCCCUGGCCUGUAGUCACUCUGUUGCAGGGGGUUGGCGUCAUUUUGCUCUUUUUGAUGUUAUCUUCUUCUUGCUUUGGCACAUUACCUUCACCCUCUUGGUUUGCCUCUCAAAGUGGAUUGUAA